CUGUGCGCCUAGGCUCGGGCGCAGGGCUGUGACGUCACCUGGCCGGUAGGAAAGAAAGAACAUGGCUGCUGCAGCUCUACUCAGAGGGAACCUCAGCAGGGCAUUGAGAGCCUGGGGUCGCCCGGGGGCAGUGCGGAGCCUGGCAGGAUCUGUCACCCGGUGCCCAGCGCAGACUUGGCACGCAUCGCAAACGUCGCGGGGAAGCUUAAGUACCCUGAGCGCGGUGGCCUGUCGGAGAUACACGACUCAGACGGCCGAGAGCAAAGAGGAGGAGGUUCUACACCAGAUCAUCUCCGACACAGAGAGCGUGCAAGGUUCUGUGUCAAAGCAUGAGUUUCAGGCGGAAACCAAAAAGCUCCUGGACAUUGUUGCCCGCUCGCUAUACUCUGAGAAGGAGGUCUUUAUCAGAGAGCUGAUUUCAAACAGCAGCGAUGCUCUGGAGAAACUGCGUCACAAGCUCACACAGCUGGGGAGCGUCCUGCCCGAGAUGGAGAUUCACCUGCAGACAGACAGUGAAAAGGGUACAAUCACCAUACAGGACACCGGAGUGGGGAUGACACAAGAUGAACUCGUCUCCAACCUGGGCACCAUUGCACGCUCUGGAUCUAAGGCAUUCCUGGAGGCUCUGCAGGGUCAAGCCGAUAGCGCUGGGAAGAUUAUCGGUCAGUUCGGUGUGGGAUUUUAUUCUUCUUUCAUGGUGGCAGACAAGGUGGUUGUCUACUCUCAGUCUGCCGAGCCAGGGAGCCCCGGUUACUGCUGGUCUUCAGAUGGGUCUGGUGUCUUUGAGCUGGCCGAGGCUGCCGGCGUGAAACCAGGAACAAAAGUCGUCAUCCACCUGAAAGAGGACUGCAAAGAGUUCUCCAGCGAGGACCGAGUGCGAGAAGUGGUAACAAAAUACAGCAACUUUGUCAGCUUCCCUGUGUACCUGAAUGGCAAGCGGAUCAACACCCUACAGGCUCUGUGGAUGAUGGAUCCCAAGGAGAUUGGGGAAUGGCAACACGAAGAGUUCUACCGGUUCAUCGCCCAAGCGUAUGAUAAACCGCGCUAUACUCUGCACUACAAAGCAGAUGCGCCUCUUAACAUUCGCAGUAUCUUCUAUGUGCCUGAAAUGAAACCUUCCAUGUUUGAUGUAAGCAGAGAGCUGGGUUCCAGCGUGGCUCUCUACAGCCGCAAGGUUCUGAUCCAGACCAAGGCUGCGGACAUCUUGCCAAAGUGGCUGCGCUUCCUGAGGGGCGUGGUGGACAGUGAGGAUAUUCCCCUGAAUCUCAGUCGGGAGCUGCUGCAGGAGAGCAAUCUGAUCAGGAAACUUCGUGAUGUGCUGCAGAAACGGCUGAUCAAGUUCUUCCUCGAUCAGAGCAAAAAAGAUCCAGAGAAGUAUAGCAAGUUCUUUGAGGACUAUGGUCUGUUCAUGCGCGAGGGUAUUGUGACCACGGCUGAACAAGAGGUCAAGGAGGAUAUCGGGAAGUUGCUGCGCUUUGAGUCCUCUGCGUUGCCUGCCGGCCAGCAGACCAGCCUGGUGGACUAUGCUAGCCGCAUGCAGCCUGGAACACGCAACAUCUACUAUCUGUGUGCGCCCAACCGCCACCUUGCAGAGCACAGCCCUUACUACGAGGCUAUGAAACAGAAACAAACAGAGGUCCUCUUCUGUUACGAGCAGUUUGAUGAGCUCACCCUGUUGCACCUGCGAGAGUUUGACCGCAAAAAGCUCAUCUCCGUCGAAACGGACAUUGUUGUGGAUCAUUACAAGGAGGAGAAGUUUGAUGACAAUAAGCCAGCUGGCGAGCGUUUGACUGAGAAAGAGGCAGAGGAUCUGAUGGCAUGGAUGAGGAAUGGCUUGGGGACCAAGGUGACAAAUAUCAAGGUUACGCCGCGUCUGGACACCCACCCCGCCAUGAUCACGGUGCUGGAGAUGGGGGCAGCCCGACACUUUCUCCGCACCCAGCAGCUCGCUAGAACCAGCGAGGAGCGCGCUCAGAUCCUACAGCCCACAUUGGAAAUCAACACAGGGCAUCCCCUCGUUAAGAAGCUUGGGCAUCUGAAGGACUCUGAUCAGGACCUGGCCAAACUGCUGCUGGACCAGAUUUAUGAGAACGCAAUGAUCGCAGCGGGACUCAACGACGACCCUCGGCCCAUGGUUGGCCGUCUUACCGAGCUGCUAACCAAGGCUUUGGAGAAGCACUGAUUGUGCGCUUUGUGAAGUCCAUGGCCUCUCCCAGGCAUCCCUAGAUCAAUCGCAUAUAAUUCCGAGUGACCUUUACGGCUUGGUAUCUGCAUUCUGCUGACGCCUGCUUCAUAUACCUGCGAUAUUUCCUAUGGAAAAAUGACUUUAAAUGUAAAGCCGUUUACAUCUUGGAAAAGCAACAAGGAGUGAAUCUGCAUCGUGUUACUCCUAAGGCGAGCCGUCCGGCACUAAAACCCUAAAGAAAGAACGUUGGAACGAUGGGUUCCCGAUGGAGCGGUUUCUGUGCUUGUCUGCUCGCCUUAGGGGGGAACUCAAUAAGAGAUGCUCUCGUUUCCUAGUGAGCCAAAAUAAAGUUGAACUUAACGGUCAUUAUAUAUGUUACAAAUGUAAGAUAGAAAUUAAAAAUUGAUGUUGUGUAAAAACAAA